AUGAUAAAUGCAGGUCUAAAAGUGUGGAGUGCAGUUAGCUAUAAUGUUGAAUGCAGGGGUGAAAUACUGAAUGCACCAAAUUUGAUUUAUGGACCACAACCUUGUUUCUUAGAGAGAGUGAUCGCUUGUUUAUUGGAAAAGGAGAUUGAAUUUGAGGUUGUUGAUGUUGACCUCUUCAAAGGAGAGCACAAAUCUCCACAGUUUCUCAAGUUGCAGCCUUUUGGAUCGGUUCCAGUUAUUCAAGAUGGAGACUACACAUUAUAUGAAUCGAGGGCGAUCAUUAGGUACUACGCGGAGAAAUACCGAUCCAAAGGAACCGAACUAUUGGGUAAGACAAUAGAGGAAAGGGGCCUUAUAGAGCAAUGGCUGGACGUCGAAGCCCACAAUUUCCAACCACCGCUCUACGACUUAGUGAUUCAAGUCUUGUUCGGCCCGAAAUUGGGCAUGACACCCGACCAAAAACGCAUCGAUGAAAACGAGAAGAAACUCGCGCAAGUGUUGGACGUGUACGAAGAGAGGCUAUCUAAGAGCAAAUACUUGGCCGGUGACUCAUUUUCACUAGCCGAUCUUAGCCAUCUCCCGUUCGGUCAGUACUUGGUGACCAGUUUGGGGAAGGAGUAUAUGAUUAAGGAUCGAAAAAAUGUGAGCCGAUGGUGGGAUGAUAUUAGUAGUAGGCCGUGUUGGAAGAAAGUGGUUCAAGACUAUCCUGCCCCUGUUUAAAGAAACAAGCUUGUGUUUGUUUUCUUGAGGAUUUGAAUAAAACAGGGUUUAUUGCAUUUAGCACCCGUGUGUUUACUUUACUUUCCAAAAAAUCACCGUGUAAUAAUAAUUACUAAAUAAAAUGGGGUUUAUUGUUUAUUGCA